AACAGAUAAUGCGUAUUAAGUUUGCGUCGGGCGAGCAGGCGUGUUGAAAUUAAACCUAGGAUAAAAUGGAAACUAAGUUUAAAUUAUCUGUUGUUGCUGUAUAAAUCAGUGUAGUCUUAUGUCUGACUACAAUUCUAGCUCUGGUGUGGACUAUGCCCGAUUUGCCAACAACUGUUCGAAAUGAUGAAAUGUGUCUGCCGAGUGAGUUUGGUCCUCUAAAAUGUGGUUCGACGGCUGAUCUUUUACACGAGUAUCUAGAGACGAAAAUUACAAAGAAAUAUGAUGAAAUCAAAACAGAAGAUGAACAGCGACAACAGGAGUAUAUGGAUAAGAACAGAGUCCGCCUAAUGAGUAUCUACGACAAAGCAUUCUGGGAAAUGAAGCCAGCUGCCAAACUCACAGGAAACGAACAGCCUGUCAUAAGAAAAUGUAAUAUUGGUGCCGACAUGAUACCUGUAAGAGAAUGGCGUCAUGGCAGGGAACUUUACGACACAAGCGGGUUCGAAAGAUACGGCAUUCGAUACAGAAAUGGUCGUUUGGUCGUACCAGUUGAUGGCACAUAUUUUAUUUAUUCUUAUGUCGAUUUAUUUGAACCAUGUAAUCCAUCAACGGGGAAGCCUAAUGUAAAAGAUACCACUAAACCUAUUAAACAUGGCCUAUUUAAAUUUAAUAUCCUUGAUGGUGAGGAAAUGGAAUUAGUUUCAAAUGUACAACCACACACGGUUUCCAGUAACAGAUAUUUUAAUGCUUACAGUAGCUAUGUUUCGUCACUUGCAGAUCUCAAAGCUGGUGACGAGCUUUCUGUAAAGGUUAGCAAUUUGACGUAUCUAAGAUAUACCCGAGAUAAUUAUUUUGGGGUAAACUUCAUUUAGCCAUGGAGGCCCUCAUUCCACUACAUGCUUAUCCUCACCUAUGGGGGGAUACGUGCACGUCGUGGUGAGGGCACAGGUCGUCGCUGAUCUGACAGAGAUCCCCCCCCCCCAGUAAUACGAUUUUUGUUACCUGAUCUUUUAGGUCACUAUGAAAAAAAAUUCUAGUACAUGAUAUGUUUGAUGAUUUGUUUAAACAUUGCGCUUAAUGCAAAGAUUUGACAAUACGAUGUUCAUUACAGGCAAUUGGAAUACCGUUUGUUUUGAUGUAACAACGAUAGAAGUAAUAAUGUAUUUUGGCAUUGUUGUAAUUAUUCUAUGUAUAAAAUAAUACGAACAAAAAUAUAGUCCUGUUUUGUGUUAUUCAAAGAUUCAACAAUAAAAUAAUGAUUUUUCA